GACCCCUUCAAGAUCACAGCUACAAGAAGAAGACUAUCAUUGUGGCCCUGGUAUCGGUCAUAUCAGUGUCCCUCGUCAUAGUCUUCCUCUACUUAACCUAUAGACUCUGCCUGACCCCUAAACCCAGCAGCCCUCAAUCGUCUGUGGCAAGGGUGGAGACACCAGAGCCGAUGCUUCUAGAGUUCAAUAUAGAUCAACUAAAG